AUGGUCAACACGGGUCACCCGAGCAGGGCAUGCAAGCUCUGCCGCGCGAGGAGGAUCAAGUGUGACGAGACAAAGCCCUUUUGCCUCAAAUGCGCCAAGUCGAAAAGAGUCUGCCCUGGCUAUCGAGAUGCAUUCGAAAUCAACCUCCGCGAUGAGACCCAAUCAACCAUCCGCAAAGCCAAGUCGGCUGCGUUGCGCAAGGCUAUCCGGGAGGGUCGCGCGACGGAACAGGAUGCGGAAAACGAAUGCCAAACCCAACCACAGGUGAUGGAAUGGACACCGCCAGCAGCACCACCUCCGCGAAAACAGCAAAUUAUUCCAAUCACAGAAGACGACUGGUUUGACAGGUACUCAAAUUCGUCUUCCUCUGAAGCGUCGCCUUCAAUGUCAUACGCCUCUUCUUUAUCGUACAUCAGCAAUCAGGCGCCCGACACCUUCGUAUCAUUCAAAGACAUUGAAGGGGGGACAUAUGGCAUGCCGCACACCUUGCAAACACCUCUCGACCAACAAGCAACAUGCUACUUUUUGGCAAACUACGUGCUGGCUCCACCGACGGGAGUUGGUAGAGGGAUUCUCACAUUCGUAUUACCACUACUGAAUAUGCCCAGCUACCAAGCUUCUCCUUUGCACUCAGCCUUCUCAGCCGUAUCCAUGGCCGCUCUGGCUGGUAGGCCGAACUCGCGAAGAUUGUCCUCGAUGGCUCAUCUACACUAUAGCAAAGCGCUAGAAGACUUGACUCGAGCUAUGCAAGACAAAAUAGCUGUGAGGCAGGAUACUACGCUUGCCUCGGCAAUCCUUUUGGCCUUUUACGAAGGACUGGUCUCAGAUGACGUUGAAAUGUCUGGGUUCAAGAAGCAUAUUUCUGGGGCAACUGCGAUAGUCAAGCUACGUGGACCGCAACAGACAACAUCCGGCAUAGGCUUGAGCAUGUUUGAAUUCGUUCGGGCGACAUCGGUUCGGCAGUACACCUUCUUUGCAAAUAUUUCUUUGGAAGAUUUGACUUGGUGGGCACGGCAAGCAGUCUGCGAUACGGUUGGCCACCAAGCUUUGGUAUUGAACCUCCAGACGACACUCAUCCGUGGCGAGGCCGACAGUCUCCUGAAGGGAGCACGGACUACCGACAAGAUCGACAAAGCUUUGAAGCUUCUACAGAGGGCGCGGAAAAUGGACGACGACCUUGGUGUAUGGUUCGACAAGUGUCCGCCAGCUUGGAGAAAAGUCAUCUCAGGAUCAGCUGCGGAGGUUCCCGAGGACAAGAUUGGCUACGUUUCGGCAUUUCCAGGACCUAUUUACGACUACCCGAACGUAUGGGCAGCUGGAAAGCACAUCAAUACCCAUGUAUCUCGACUUCUCCUCAACCAGGUCAUCGUCCGUUGUAUCGCGUGGGUCUGCGCACCGAGCGAUCAUACUUUGACGAGGGAGUACAUUGACGCCAAUCGCAUUGGGACUGAGCAAGUGGCGGACAUUAUCUCGAGCACUCCGUAUUUUUUCGGUUGGACUGGUGAUGCUCUGAGUACUCCAUACUUCCCAUGCGGUACAUCCGAGAUGCCCAAAGGCUUAGCUGGUGUAUCUUGUAUGUGGCCUUUGUUGGCCACUGGAUCGAGUCGUUUCGCGACCAGGAAGCAACGGAGCUAUGUGAAAGCCCGGCUUGCAAAGAUUGCGGAGGAGAUGGGCAUCCGUCAAGCUGAUGUCUUUUCAAAGCAAAUCAUGUUGGGAUCACCGGAGCCAGAUCCAGUCAACAGUUAUUGUCCAGAUACAUAUCUUCAUUUACGUACAUAG